CGGCACCUUUCUAAUGCGAGAUGAAAGUGUUGAAGGUUUAAAGAGUAAAAUACUAGCGAAAGGUUUCCUUGCUUUUUACGAAGUAACUGAUUAUGGGACAGACGCCCUCAGCGUCUCUUCAAUCCAAUCUUGUGUGGGUGACUGUGUUGGCACAGAAUGCCCGGUGUGCCGCAUGCCAGCCUGGGUGCAAGAUGUGCAGAUUAACCGGCAACUAGAUAACAUGAUUCAGCUUUGCGGCAAACUGCGGCAUCUACUGGGUGCGGACACCACAGAUUCAACGGGAGAUGUGUCCACACCAACUGACUCGGACUUUGGAAAAAAGAAUAAGAAGGAACAGAUAAAAAUGUGGUUCAGCCCAAGAAGUAGGAAGAUUCGAUGCAUCCUGAACAGGAGUCAGUCUAAGACUAAAAGCAAUGACCUUUGUGAAGACACAUCUUCAGUAUAUGAUUUCUUUCCUUCCCCUCCUCAUAAAAAGCCUUGCAAGCCAACAAAGAAGCCAACACAGAGACAGAGUAAGAAGAUGAAGAAGAAACAUCUAGCAGACAUUAACAAAGUGUGGAGCUUAGAGAAGCCUGAGCAGAAAGGAGGAGUGGAGGAGAAUACUCCCAAGGAAAAGUGUGUGACCAUCUGCAGUCAACCGGUAGUCCUGUGCACCCCGGAACCAAAUAGCCCUGAAGAGACACUUCAGCAGGCGUCUAUAAAGGAAGUUGACUCCAGCAAAAAUGCAGAAAAUGUGGAAAUAUCGCCACAGGUAAAAUCCUCGGAGAAGGAAGGUAACAGUGAGGUGGUGUACCCUGCACAGGUCAGCAAGGAAAAAAAUUGUGCUACAGAGACAUUGCUGUCAAUAGAAAAUGAAACUACACCUUUAAAACGUGGAAAGGAGCAAUCGAGGCUUCCAGUUACUUCUCAGUCUAAAAGACCAAGAAGAACUGAGAGGAGCGAAGUUGGGAAGGCAGGCAGGCAGGCAGCUUGCUUGGAGGAAUUACCUCAGGGCCGUCCUAUCCCCCCAGAGACUGAACAGAAGACGCCAGUUCAGACUUGUUCCUCUGUAUCGAAACUCACUGACACCGUAAUGAAGACAAGAAGCUCUGCAGUCUUUCAAGCAAUAAAUAGCCCUUCACAUUCAACAUCUCCCUCUACCCCAUCUACUUCUAAGACUUGUAAUCAAGUAGGAAUACCCCACAGUCCUUCUGUAUUGAAGUCCCCUGGUGGUAACACAAUUGCCAGAAGAAAUUACAAAGGAGAGACUUUGCUCCAUGUUGCUUCCAUCAAG